UGCUUGCGGUAACAGUGAAUUGAAAGUACGCCAUAAAUAUGGCGCCAAAAGAGUUUUCAAGCUGAUGAUAUAAGCUGAUUUUUGUGGUGUUUUCUUUUAUUUUUUGAGGGAGGUGGGGUGGAUGUUGCAAGACAAGACCCGCUUGUGCAUUUGUGCAGAGCGGUGCGUGUGUAUGAGUGUGCACGGCCGGGCGAAGCGGGCAGCAAGUGAAGACGAGGAGAGCAGAGCAGAGCAGAGGAGAGGAGAGGAGAGCUGCUGUGUGUUGUUUUAUUUUUAAGGAGGGACGUUGCGAGACUGGCUUGCAAUCUUUUAUGACUCAUCAUUUGGAAAUAAAGCACCCCCCCCUCCACACCCCAGCCCUUCUCCCUCCCUCUCUCCCUCCCUCCACACCCCCUGCUUCUCUACCGCUGGCACUGGAGAGGAAAACACAGUCGGAUUUGACACCACGUUUGGGGCUUCUUUUUUGCAAAAUGCGACACGCUUUUCCUGAGCGUAAUGUGCGCACCUCACCGUGAGCAGCAGCAGCAGUAACGCUGUCGUUGCUGAAUCCAGCCCGGCUGUUACUUAUUUGGUUGUACUAUAUAUAUUUUUUAGAUUUUUAUUUCUUUUAUCAGGACCGGUUUGUCUUUGCAGAGCUGACGCUCUGUCACCGCGCACCGUGAAGGGGAAGAAGGUAGAGGGACCGUCCUGUCACUCAGCGUGGAUCGGGACUCCGGGCUGUGUAGCAGCGGCGGUGCUAGCGGCUCAGCCACCGCACUGACUGAGCAGACUGAACUACUAGUGCUAAAAGCUCCACUGGAAAAACUAUAUGUGCCUGGCUCCCAAUGAUCUCCUAAUCUCUGGGAAUCACCCACCGUCCAGUACCGAGGACGCUUCUCCACCCGAAGCUGACUGCGAUCAAGAUGGAGAGCGAGAAGAAGAGGAGAAAAUACUCCACUAGCAGCAAUGACUCGGACACCACUGACAGUCAGGUGACUUCAUGGUCCAGGUCGUCCAAAAACACGGGCACCAGCAGCACAUGGGUCCGACACCAGCACAAGAAACCAUCAGAAGUUUUUCGUACUGACUUCAUCACGGCCAUGAAGCUGCCGGACUCGGCCCAGCUUGGCCCAGACGACUUCUAUGUGCUGUCGGACCCCUGGAGGCAAGAGUGGGAGAAGGGAGUCCAGGUCCCUGCCAACCUGGAGGCCAUACCAGAGCCUGUGGUCAGGUUGCUUCCAGAGUUGACGGGUGGCACUUCCUGCGCUCCGUCCCAGACCAGGACAGAUCGGGAGGGUGGCACGGUGGGCGACACCCGGCCUCCUCCUGCCCAGCUCUACAGCUGCUACGACCUGGACGACUUGGAUGUUGCCUGGCUGGAGCUUGUCAACCACGAGUUCAGACAGAUGGCCUUACCGGAGCUGGACGAGCUGACCAUGGAGUGUGUCCUGGUUGAGCUGGAGAGUGUGUGUGAGCAGAAGAUGCAGCAGGCCAUUGAGACAGAGGAGGGGUUGGGCAUCGAGUACGACGAGGACGUAGUGUGUGACGUCUGCCGCUCGCCAGAGGGGGAGGACGGCAACGAGAUGGUCUUCUGUGACAAAUGCAACGUUUGCGUCCAUCAGGCGUGUUACGGCAUCUUGAAGGUGCCCCAGGGGAACUGGCUGUGUCGGACCUGCGCUCUGGGCGUCCAGCCCAAAUGCCUGCUCUGCCCUAAGAGAGGGGGUGCGCUCAAGCCCACCCGCAGUGGAACCAAGUGGGUCCACGUCAGCUGUGCCUUAUGGAUCCCCGAGGUGAGUAUAGGCUGUCCAGAGAAGAUGGAACCCAUUACCAAGGUGUCCCACAUCCCUGCCAGCCGCUGGGCCCUGUCGUGCAGCCUGUGUCGAGAACAUACAGGAACCUGCAUACAGUGCUCCAUGCCCUCCUGUAUCGUGGCCUUCCAUGUGACCUGCGCCUUUGACCACGGCCUGGAGAUGAGGACCAUCCUGGCUGAGAACGACGAGGUGCGCUUCAAGUCCUUCUGCCUGGAGCACAGCAGCACCACCACCACCGCAACCAAUGGGAAUCAUGCCGCCGCCAGCGGAGGGCACAGCGCAGCCAGACCUGACUGGACCAGCACUGGUGUCGCUUCAGAGCUCAGACCGGACCAGCAGCAUCAGACAAAUGGCAGCAGUGGCGACCCAGAGCAGAGGUCGGUGUCAUGCCCGGUUUCGGUGUCCGUAUCGGAGCGGGCUGAGCGGGACCAGCUGGAGAGAGAGAAGGUGAGCCAGAGGAAGCAGAAGCUGCAGGAGCUGGAGGAUGAGUUUUACCGACUGGUCGACCCCAAAGAGGUGGCAGAAAGCCUGGCGCUGCCCACCUGCCAGGUGGACUUCCUGUACCAGUUCUGGAAGUUGAGGAGGAAGGCCAACUUCAACCGCCCGCUGGUGACUCUGAAAAGGGACGAGGUGGACAACUUGGCCCAGCAGGAGCAGGACGUCCUCUACAGACGCCUCAAACUCUUCACACACCUCCGACAGGACCUGGAGAGGGUUCGUAACCUGUGCUACAUGGUGACGCGGAGGGAGAAGAUGAAACACACUCUGUGUGACCUGCAGGAGAAGAUCUUCCACCUGCAGAUACAGCUGCUGGAGGAGGACAUGGCUGGAGAGAAAACCCAGAAGGGAGAAAAGAGGAAGCAGAAUGGAGUGAAGGAGAAGGGCAAGGAGAGAAGGAAGAGCAGUCCUGAGAAGAAAAAGGAGAGAUGGAAGUCAGAGAAUGGCUCCCUGCUCAAAGAGCUUGGUUUGUCAAAGUCCUUCCCAUUGGAUAACUCUCUGUUUGACAGCUGGCUGGCCCAGUCAGUUCAGAUCACUGCUGAUGACAUGCUGAGCCAGUGGGCUCUGGGUGCCCAACACCAGGACAAAAGCGCCAGUCUGCUCUCUGACCAGCUCCUGCAGGGCGAGGAGAGCCUGCUGAAUCUGAUGAUGGAGAAUUCCACCUGGAAGACACCCCAGCUGGGCCGCAAACCCCGGGGGAGCAACAAGCCCCGUGCCCGGGGACAUUCCCAAUCCACCAAUCCCACUGAGCCCCAAACGCCGCUCUCUGCCGCAGCCACCUCGGCCGCCAGCAGCCCCUCCACUGCAAAGAGCUCCUGGGGCAUCGUGGCCGAGGAGAAGCCGGUCCAGGUGGGCCGGAGAGGGGAACGGUCCAGGGGCUCCUCCAAGGCCCUGCACCACCACCACCACCUUAAGCAUCACCAGACCAGGAGCGUAGACACACAGCGGGACCCACCACCACAACCUCCCAUCUCCAAAAUGGACUCCUGUCACAUCUCGGAAGAUCGUGGCCCGUGGGACAACAUCCAGAUUGGGAAUGGGACUGGGGCAGUGGUUGGAUCCUCCCACAGCCUCACAGUGGGCUCCUCCCCACCUUUGUCCUCCGGCCCAGGAGUCAUGGCUCCUGAGGCAGGGGCAGUCCCACGAAGCGGUGCCCUGCGCCUGCGCCUGUCCCGCCAGGGUAAAUCCAGAGUGAGGGGCAUCAGCGGAAGUGGGGGCCUGGUGGGGGCGGAGUCUGCAGAGCAUGUGCCCCUCCCUGGAAAGGAAGCGUCCCUCUUGGACGCCACUGAGACUGACGGGUACUUCUCUGAUGGUGAGCAAAGCGACUUGGACACACGCUCCAGCGGACGCAAACUCCGCCUGCCGCAGUUGCAUUCUGGGAAUGAGGACCUGCUGAGAAGGAGCGUGCUGGCAUCAUAAAUAACUGAGACUCUUGAACAUACACAAACACAAACAUGCCAUCAACCCGAAUACACACAUACAAACACACACACACACACACACACACACACACACAUACAUACACAUACACACACGCAGUUAUCCAAGCAGAGUCCCAGUCUUUGAGUCCCAUUGGCUAACUGUCUCUCCAUCUGUGCCCAGUAUACAGUAUCAAACACCUUGGCUAGAUGGUUUUGUUCAACCAAAUCCCUGUCAUUUACCAGUGGAAAAUCUCUUCAGUCUAACGCUCUUACCUGCUUUGUUUUUUGGGGGAAUUUGAAUGUAGCUUUUAGCCUGUCAUAUAGCUACUCCACCGGACCAUAGUUUGUCAUUAGCUUACCGUAAGAUGCUAUACAUUCAACAACUAGAAAAGGACAUUACCUUUAGUUUUUUGUUUUGUUCUGGUAUUUCAGAUUUUUUGUUAAAGGCAUUGAAGUAUCCUUUUCUGGCAGCCUUCUUGUUUGUGGUAACCGCCAGAAUUGGGGAUGAAAACUUCGGGGCAUUAUUGUUCGAGCUGGUUUCAGGGUCUUCUUUACUCUUGGUCUUCAUGACCUAAGAUGCAUCCAAUGAGUCCAUGUUUUCUUGAUUAUGUUCAGUGGAAAGACAAUUUCACUUCAGAGUUUGUCUGAAAAUGUACAGAAGUUGUCAGAAAAAAUAUGUCUUUGGCUUUGAAAAGCACAACUAGCUACAGUCAUAGGAGCUGUAAUAUAAACACCUGUGUGUAUAAUACAGGCUAAGUCAGGGUUGGGGUCAAUUCACAAUCAGUUCAAAUUUAAACCGAAUCUGAAAUUCACAUAAUAGAAACAAGCCCUUCUCAAUAUUUCACUAUUUCUCAAUACUGUCUUCAUAGAUUGAACAGAUCUACAACUCUUCCAGUUUUAAAAUAACUGAACAGAAAAUAGUCUGACCCCAACCCUGGUGUUCAGAUUGUCACACACAGACACAAACACACACACACACACACACACACACACACACACACACACACACACACACACACACACACACAACACACACACAUGCUGACAUAAGCAAAUCCAUUUGCUUUCUUCACAGCCGUUGUUGAAAUAUUUGAUCUGACUCUUGUCAGCUGCUUUCAAAUUCUUCCUAAUCCGGAGUUAGUUUUUUUAAGCCUGAAUCAUUGGAGAAACAUUAUUCUAGAAACUCUGUGCCUUCUGUCGCUCCCUGCCCCUCGCCUCCCCCCAUAAAACCCCAACCUUCUCAAUCAACCAAACAAUCAGUGAGUAAAUCAAUCAGUCGUUUCUCAAUCUAAUUUAUAACAAUCAAACCGAAGGAAAUCCCGUUGGGAUUGGUUACUGAGUGUAGCCAGCAUCGGGCUCCUUGCCACCUUAACAAUUGUCUAGUGCCUGAAAUAAGGAUAUAAACACAGCACUUGCUAUUAAUCAACAAAGAAUCUGUUAGCAAAGCAGAGCCACAAAGUACUAUCAGUGCAACGUGCUGCCUAUGUGUUUUGUGCCCCCCUUAAAUAGAUCACUGACAUUCAGAGCCAUUGAUGAAGAGAGUUGGGCCAGGUUGCAUUUUGAGCACCAUGUCAUACCCCUGCUCUUGCAACUUGAAGAGUUCCCUGCAACAAUACAUUCAUACGGAGAAAUGGAAUUUUCAAAAAACAAACAAAAAAAAAAAAAAAACAAGAUGCUUGCUAGAUACACAAUGGUAAAUACCAUCCAAACCUUGUACUUUUAAAUUGUUGGCAAAACAAUCUCUAUUUUGUAUUUUUUGUAGCCUGUGUCCACUGUCAACAGUCAGUUAAUGUCAAGAAUCGAUAGCUUAUAGCUGCAUUAUACAAAAUUUUUAGGUAAAAAACAAAGGCUAAUCCUCAUGAGAAGAGCAUCACAUCACUGAGUCACUGUAGAUUAAAUCUACUUAAAUUCCUUAUUGCACUUAAAUACCAAAUUAAAUUCUGAUAUGAGAUAUUGUCAGUGGAAGGAAACCUUUCUGCAAAGGAAGUAAUGAAUCCAAGUGGGAAAAAAGCACUUUUAUGAGCAUCUUAAAAGGUAAAAAUGCAAGGAAUCAAAUGACCUCACAGGGAAUAAUUUAUACUUUUUAUCAAAUAUAUUAGAUCUUUUGCCUUUUAAGUACCUUUGGAAUAACACAGACACAGAAUGGCUGGGUUGGUACACAUGAACAUUCUGUGCACAGUUUACUGAUGUCACACUACAUGAUUUCUGGGUAGUGAAUCCUAAAAUUCAAACAGGUACAUCUCACUGCCAUUUGGGCCACCAAUGUGCAAAAACUGCACAGUGCAGCUUUAAGGUGACAGGCUCUAAGAAAGACAGGUUAGCUGUGCCUUGCAAGUACCUGGAUGACCCGUGUGUAUCUUUGCCCUCCGUAAUAUUGUGAGCAACAGCCAAGGAGCAGGAUUAUGGCACUAACGUAGCUGCCACUGAAAACUGCAGUGGCCAAACUCUUUGAAUCAAUGGCUCUGCUGCAAGUUUUCCUCCUGUCAGAUGAAUGAUGAAAAUGUUGAAAAUGUUAACGGUCAGCUUCAGAGGCCUGCACUCUAAGUUCUUUAAUUGAGUUGUUUGUAAAUUUGUUUUUGAAAAACUUUUUUUGUUGUUCUCUCAGAGAGUUGUAUUUUGUACUUAAAGCAGUCCACGGUAUUUUCUCAGGGGUUAAAAAAAAAAAAAAAAAUCAAAAACUUUAAAAACAGAAUAAAAGGUUACAAAAUUUAUCGAAAAAGCAACGUAAGACAUAGAUGCAUAUAUAUAUACAUAUUUUAUAUCAUAUUCAGUAUAUAUAUAUAUACAUACAUAUAUAUAUAUAUAUAAAGCGAUGUGUGUAUGUCUAGAAACUUCCUUAUUUGGCAAGCGUCACUGUUUGAACUCCUACAAAACUACUACUGAGCAUGUUUCUUCUCUCAGUAUAAUCCGUAUGACCAUCUGCUCUGGGUUAAAUAGUCUUAAAUGAUUCAUGUUUGUGUGAACAUUAGGUGCCAGACAGGUGAGGUUUUCCAAGCCAGGACAAUUCAGACAUCAAGUAGAUGGUCAAACACAAAAAGUGCUUUCUUGUGAUUGUCUAAGCUUUCUUGCAUUUAGGUUGUUUAGGUUGUGAGUAACUGCACCUCUGCGGAACCUAAUUAGGGGGAAACAAAUCAUGAAACGUAUUUAUGGGGGCUCUUUGACCCAAGCCUGAUGGGUGAAGGCUUGCACAGAGUUGCAAGUGUGAUCUAUUUCCCCUAUUUUUCUCUGUGGACGGCUUCUACCCAUCUGGCUGUCUUCUGAAGUGACCACGCCAAAGAACAGAUCUGUGUAAUCAAGGCAGCAUUUUUAACUUCUUAUCUACACAAACACACCUACAUGAACAUACGCUCCGUCUCUGGUUUUUAAGAUGGAAAAUGCUAGAUGAGGAUGUCAGACAACUCUGCCAGUGCUGUCCAGUCCAGCUCAGUUCAGUCCACUCCAGCCCGCCUCAGCCUGGCUUGAUCCAGCAGCUUGACACGGUUCAGUCACAAGCACCGCAAGCUCAGGCGUGGUGACAUGGUGAUGUAACAGCGCUACCUGCUGGGCCACAGGAGGUGUUGAGGCUCUACAAUGCCCACUGUGCCUCCACCAACAAGGCACCUGGACUCUUGCAGAUCUGCUUUCAUGGGGGUGAACAGUAUCAGCCCAUUGCCCCAGAAACUGGCUGGUGAUGGUCAUUAAACCUACCGUAAUACACACAUGUACACACACACACACAUGCACAUGCACAACAAUCCCCUUCAGAAAAAGCCAAAUGCUGCUGAACUGUGUAUGUGUGUAAUGCAUGUACACACAAUCUCACACACACACACACACACACACACACACACACAUUGUCCCUCUCUCUCUCUGUCUCUCUCUGUCUGUCUCUCUCUCUCUCACACUCACACACACACACACACAGACACACACACUCCAGAGCUGGUAUAACAGGGUUGUAACGUACAAGAUGACUAGUUUUUUAUGUAUAUGCAGUCCUAACUGCAUCAGGAAGUAUGUACUUACUCAGAGUGAAAGCCCCCUAACAGCAGAAGAGUAUUUAUUACUGGAGACAUGGAGCAUCUUUGUCUCCUUUGUCCUUGGCAUGCAGCUGUCGUAGAAGUCUCACGCAAGUAUUCCUCCACAAUUCGAGAGGUUUUUGUUUCCUUUCAGCCACCAUCAGGCUCAACAAGUAGUCUGACAGAGUUUUGAAAGUCAGGCUUUUAUGUUACAGGAUACUGACUUUGCUCCACCACAUAACCAUUAAUAAGAAGAGUUAUGUCUACAGCAGUUGCUAUGCUUGUAAUGUUAGACAGGUGCAGGGUAGAUGGAAAACUGUGGACUUCUACGAUGGCUAAAACUACACCACCCCCAUGGAGACCGACCAUAACAACACACACAGCAACAACAACAACAGUAACAGCAACAGUGCUUACAUUUGUGGUCUGAAAAGAGUUUGGGUGGAGUCGGGUACCAUCACACCCAACAGAACCCUCCGCCGGGCGGUGUUCCCAUUCACAUGUUGCUAAGACAGUGAAAUGUAAACUUGGUUUCAAUAUUCAGUGUUCAGAGUAGCCUGACUUUGUAGACAGUGUUCUUAGACAAGGCCUCUCAUGUAUGGCCUUAACAUGUAGUAGCAAAUACUAAGGCUGCACAAUGCUGGCAAAAAAAAAUCAAAAUCAUUUUUUUCUCUGACUACUUGGCUGAAUUUAAUUUCCUCCACAUAAAUUAUUUGAGCAGUUGGAUGAGAUGCUGAUGCUUAGGACUUGAUAUUUUUUAAUACAACAAAAGGACUCUGUCCCGUUUGUAACUUGAUUUUUAUCCCAGGGAUUCUGCACAGCAGUGCAGUACCUUGCCAGGCAGCCACCUGGAACAGCCUUCCCCCUGCAGCUUCUGAUAACUGGGAAGACUGCCAUUGUGAAUACUGCAAUUUUGAUUUUUUUCCCCAGUAUAUUGUGCAGCCCUAGUAAAUUCAAACUGGUUAUUAUCAUAUAUUUACAGUGUGGCUACAAUGCCCUCUCCUUCCGCUUCGUAGACACUCUAGACUGGAGUCUUUUGCUGGUUCUUUUAUCAAUAUCCACUGGCAUACAGCUUGUCGUUCAGCACAUCCCUGUUCUCCUAUAUGAUAUGCUAGUGUGGGUGUUGGCACGCAGCCCAAAAUGUAGUCUGAUGACCUUUCAGGUUUACAACAGCUUGGUGGCUCUCUCAGGUUGGAUAUCCACAUGAACAAAUGUUUUGACCCCAUGUUAAAAUUUGUAUUGGUGUGUAAAUUCGGUCUCAGAGCAGAGUGUGGGUGUCAGUAUCAGCAGCAGAUCCAGUGGAUUAUCGGAAAUUACGUUCUCCUGCGCUCACUUACCAUUUGGACUGCAUGGUCAACAUGUUAAGCAUUAUGGGUAAUACACUGUUAUGUGAAAACAUGGCUCCCUUCUGAGGGGUUGUCAUGCCUCACAUACCUUGAAUGCUCCAACCAAGGAAACAACUGGUAGGCAUUAAGCUUCAUGUAAGAACAAGGUAGAAACGAUGCAACCACCAAUGUGCUCAGUCAUCCUAAACUUAUGGUGAAAAGCUGGAAAGGCCACAGUUGAUUGGAUCAUCGCCGGCGCUCACAGAGCUGCUGCUGCACCAAGUAUCUGCUGCUGAUAUUGUUGUUAGGCUCACGGGAAAGACAUCACUGCACAAACAGAACUGGGUUCCUCCUCAGAUCUUCCUUACCUGUGCAAAGAUAAUGUUUGAACCGUUUUAUUUUUAUUUUUUUAGCAGGAUGGCAGGUUAGUGCCAUCCAUCAACCAAAUGCUGGCAAAUUUCAGCAGGAGCCAGUUCUAUUGUACCAGCCACUUUGUAACGUAAACAACAACCAUUUUUGCACCACUUGUAUGUGUUGGCUGGUGAAAUAAUGAAAAUUGUCACUGAAUUUUGGGUUCCAUCAGGCAAUGUGGCUGGUGAAAAAUUUGAUCUCCUUCCCAAUUUUAAGAUAACGGUCAAAAAAUGAUCAUUGCACCAAGGCACUUUUGGGGAGCCAGAAGGGCAUCAGGAUGCUGUUCAUAGGACGUCUCUCUUCCUCUGUGGUAGCUGCUUUAUUCAAUAUAAAACUGGUUCAAGGCUGUCGUUGGGUCAGUGAAGUCAGGAUUGGCCAAUGCUGUAUAUUUUUAAGUGAAUAAAUUUCAGCUGAUGCCACAACUCCUCUCUGAGGCCAUUUUUUGUCCCACACAGUAAGCAUUCAUUUUAACUCAGCUGGCGAUGCAAAAUGGCUCAUGUGAAAGCAACUGUUAUCCAGACGACCGAGGACAGUGGGGUCUCGUCACAUUGCAGCAUGUUGUACAUGUUUUAUGUGCUGUCUUGGCAAACAUAGCCCCAUAUUUACAUUACAGCUGUUGAUCAGAUCUGUCUAGACUCAAAGCACUUCAGUGAACUCUUGACCACAGUUGAAUCCAUCAACAAAAAAAAAUUUAACUGCACAUUAAUGAGAAGAGACUGUAUAUUAUGGCUCCGUUUCCUCAGUGUAUGAUACAUGGUGAUACCUGUUUGGUAUGAUACCAAACAGGGAAUAUAUACACAUCAUAAUGUUGGUGAUGCUGUGGAUUUUUCCCUUUGCUUUCACUUCACAUCUUCAGCCAUUUUGCUUCCCUCCUACUGAGAAUUUGGUUUUAUCCAGUGGGGAACACAGACUGGUAUAAUCAUCUCUGGACUGCUUGGCCAUUGUGUCACAGAAUCACAAUCUGUGCUUCCUGUUUUGGACAUUGUGUAGUCCUUACUUUAUUGCCCUACGCCAGCCCUACAAACCCACCCACCUGCCUACUGCUGUUUAGCUGGAGUGUGUACACACCUACAAUAAUGUAUAAUACUGUUCUACUACUACUAGUACUAGAGACAUUUUCAUUUUCCGUGUUUUGAAAAAGCCUUUGCAAGCUGUUUUUAUUACUAUUUUAUUUUGUAACGCUUUAGCUGGCCGCCGUGGCUUGUACGAAACUAGAAAGCUGACUCAUUAUCUGCUUCCUCUGUUUUUACUGACGCUUUGCUCUCCUCUCCGUUACAGCAAAGUAUGGCUUCUUGGUCUCCACAUCCGUAACCCACACACACUGCACAGACUGGAGUUUUGGUUAUAUAAACGUUUCUGAGAGGCCAAGCUGCUCUGGAACCAGAAAUGAUCUCAUUGGUUGAGUUAAACCUUUUUGUGUGUGUGACCAGCUUUAUGUGGUGCAACCUGAACACAUCAUAAAUUCUCUGCAACUUAAUUGUGUUGGAGAUCAAUGAGAGAACCAUCUAUAGUGAAAAUCAUGACUUGGGUGUGUGUCAUCAUUUGAAAUGUUCAGGAUGAGUUAGAUGACUUAGCUACGGGUGAAACCUCCAAUUAACCACAUAAAAGAUGUAGGCUGCAAGGUUUGUUAAGACAGACUUAGCUAACUAAGUAAGCUGACUGGCAAACAUGAAUGGCAAAGAGAAGGCUCAAAAUAUAAAUUAAAAUGUAACAAUGGCAAUGAUUUUUUUCCCAUUCAUUAAUGACCAUGGCAUUCAUAAUCUUGAAAAGUUGGCAAGCUAGCCAGCAAGCUAAUGUGCAGUUACAGACUGGUAUGUCUAGUUUUACUUGCAAUGAUAGCUAGGCUAACCUUGCUAACUUAGUUUGGCUAAAUUGAAAUCUUUCACGUAGUGUCAAGUGCUCCAUGCUUCAUAAUUCUGUUUACUUUCCUAUCUCUUGCCUUGCCCACUUGGCUUCAGUUUAACAUUACUUUGCCAGACACACCAAUUUUUUUUUGGCCUCAUCCACUGAGAUUGACCUCAGCCACUGAGAUUAGCUCUGCCUCGGGAGCAGCUCUGCCUCAGAGAAACGCUUGUUUGACUAAAACUCCAAUCUGCACAAACUGCGCAUCUUACUGCCUCUGCCCUCCAACCUCCUCCCUGCUCCAUCUCUCCCCUUGUUCCUCCUCCCACCACCAGCAGUGUCCCCUCUCCUCCUCCAUGCUCCUUCCUGACUCCCUAAUAACUAAUCCUCCUCUCCUCUCCCCUCCUCUCCUCUCCUCUCCUGCUUCGCUGGCCCACCUCCUCAGCCGACACAAGGCUCUAAAUUACAAAGCAUACGACGAUCAAAAAGGAACUCUGUAGCUUUAAGGACAAAUAAUGACAGACACGUGUUGUAUAUGUGUCUGUGUGUGUGUGAGGAGGGGAAACGUUGCACUCUGCUUUGCUCUGGCCUGGAGAGAGAGAGAGAGAGGAGGGGGAAGGAGAGGGAGACUAGGAGGUUUAAAGGGAGGCGGGGAAGGAGAGAGAUGGAGAGGGAGGGCGGGGAGCCGUUCACUGAACUGAAGCCAGAGAGAGAAAGAGGACAACUUGUUCUUUCCCGUGUUCUGUUUGCAGCCUGUCCGCACAGUCAAGUUAACAAGCAGCUAAUAUAAACAACACCGAGCCCUUCCCCUCCUUAUGCCCCCCACACCCAUCCCUCUCCUCUUUCUCUGUACAUUCAGUUCUCUCUCUCUGUCUCUCUCUCUCUACCCUACCUCUCUCUCUCUCUGUCUCAAUCACUGAGUUUCCUUCCAAGUUUUUUUUUUUUUUUUUUUUUUUUUAAAUUAUGUAAUUGCAUUAGAAAAAGCAGACUGGAAACAGUAACAUCUGCAUGUCAUGGCACGAUUGGCCCAGUGGGUGUUUUGGUUUUCAUUGCUAAAGUGUUUAACAGUGGCUUGGGAAUUUCUUGUCUUUCGGCCAACAUUACCUGACACUUGCAAGUAGUGACAGUAUUAAUUAUUCCUUGAGAUUCUGUCCAUUUUCUCUGCUUAUGUUGGUUUUUUGACAAGAAGCUGAUUUAACCCAGCUAAUGGAUAUGCACAUAAUUUGCAUUUUAUUUUGUGUGAUAUUUCACAGGUUUGCAUAAAAAUUCAUUUGACAAUUGGAUGGAAACAGCUUGGCUCUUUGGCUCUCUCUCUGUAUUUUUUCUCUAUCAAAAUCCAUCCAAUGUCUUCAGACCCCAUUACAUCUGGCAUUAACAUCAGGCUCCUUGGAGGAUCAGAUUGUGCUCAGGGAGAUUAAAUACAUACAAAUUAAAGUUUGAAUGUGCCCAGCACUGAAGCGCUGCUCGCCACGGUCCAAGCCACAUGUAGCCACAUUAAAACCAAAAUGUAACUGCAACUGUGUUUCCAGUCCAACAUACAACAAUUAUGGAAAUGAAAAUAGGCAUUCACACUGAUCCUGUAGACACGCAAAGCAAAGAUGUCUCGCAUGUUAACUCAAAAUUUGGUAGAACUAUCAGAAACAACUUAUCCUGCUCGCUAUCCAGUUACUGUAUAUAAAACUAAAGGAGGUGGGCAGGCGUCUGCAGGAAGGAAAGACUGAUUUGAUUUUUCAGCACAGGCACCGGAGACAGUUUGAUAGCAGGUGUAAAUGUGAUCUGGAUAAAUUGUUUCUUGGCACAGUGUGGAUAUAAGACACAUGCUAAAGCCAUUUGUAAAGGGGCCCUCUGUGUUUCUAUCUCUGCUCUUUCUCUCACUCAUAAUUUGACCAAUCUGUCUCUGACUGCAUCUCUCACUCAAUUUCUCUUGUUUUCCUCAUUCUUUUUUAUGUUCAUCUCUUUCUCCUCCCCGACUCCCUCCCUCUCAUCCCGUUCCUCUUUCUCUUCUUUCGUAACCCAACUGAUCUUUUCUCUCUCUUUCCUCUGUCUCUCCUUUGCUUUAGCUCACACAGAGAACAAACGUUUAUCUGUUUCCUCAAAGCCUGAGUUUAUUUAUCUGCCUCAACUGUCCAAUCUUUGAUAUGCACAGCCAAGGAAUACGUGUUUUGAUUACAUAAAUUGGGGAAACUGCAGCCCCUCUGUCUGUGUGUGUGUGUGUGUGUGAGUGAGUGAGAGAGAGAGAGACAGAGUGUGUGAAUGUGUGUUUAUGUGUGUUUUAAGGUAGUGUCUGGGCUAAUUGUAGUUAAAACUGUCCGGCAGGCGGUCUGCUCUCCCCAGUGAGGUGACCAACCUUGUGCUGCAGCCUGGAAGAGGCUCUUUCUUCUGCUCACCUCCUUCUCUUCCUCCUCACCUUGAGGGAACUGGAACAUUCUCUCUCUAUCUUUAUCAGUUUCUUUGAACUUUCUCUUUCUACACCCAUCUCAACACUUCAUCUAUGUUGCCUUUAUGCCUUUUGUGUUUCCCUCUCCCUCUUAACCGUCACUCCCUCUCUCUCUCUCCCUCCCUCUUUCCCUGUCAGCUCAGUGCAGAGCAGGCAAUUUUCUGGCUCUCAUUAAUAAGGAAAUUCUCGUUUCCCUCUCCUGACCUGCAGUUCAGAAAGUUUCCUCCCUCAGGUUCAGAAACAUUAUGAAAUGAAACAAGAAUUCAGUCAAGAUUUGGUUUGCAAAAUUCUGGCAACUUAAAAAGCCACUGUUUUUCAUAUAUAUGUAUACAAUUUUGUGCAGAUCAUUUUACUGCCUCUGUUUUCUAAUAAUCACUCAAGAAUUUCCUCUUUUGUUGUGUGCAUAUGUUAAUGUUACAAUUUUAAGCACUUAUCUAUCUGCUUUGGUUCAAGUAAUUGGAUGAGCUGCUCAUAGGUUGGCCAAUCAGCACUUGUUAAAAAAUAAUCUUAUUGGGUAUCAUUCUGCAACACCAGAUUUCUCUUGCUUCCUAUUAGACACACUUACACAACAAUACCAAUAAGCAUCUUCUCCAAUCAAAGCAGAGCCCAACGCAGGCUCCUCCUCCGCCUGUCUUAUUUGUCCUUAUAAAGGUGUUGAAAUCUCUGCUGUCGUGUCCAGUUACUCCUCCACUCCGCAUCAGUUCUUCAAUACGAUAAUAUGAAUGUUGCAGGAGUUUAUCCUUCUGUAUUCUUUGUUUCAAAGAAUGUUGUGCCAUUUGUUAAUAGCAAAGAGAACUAUUGAACAUAUAUGAAAAAGAAGAGCUAUUUUAAAUUAUUUUUUGGCUUUUUUUGCUAUAUUUAUUUUCUUGUAUUAGAAUCUUCUUUGUAGGAGGGAAAAUCAAAAAAUGUAUUUUUCAUUAGUGCGAAAAACCUAUUUUCUUCCUUUUGUACAAUUUCGAUGUUUUAAGCAAGACUUUGAAAAGCAAUAUGAUGAUGAUGAUGAUGAUACAAUGUUUCCUGUGACUGUAUCUGCAUGCUGUUUGUGUUGCCUUAAAGACGGCUGCGUCCCACUAUGACCCACCCACCCACCCACUCUCUCUCUCCAGCCCCUCCCCUCUCCACUCUCCAGCUCUGACCUGUCCUCAACUCCCACCCUCAUCUGGUGGAGUCCCAAUCCAAUCCAGUCCAGUCCAGUCCAGUGCAGUCAAUAAAGCAGUGCUUUCUGUGUA